AUGCGUAAAGAUACCUCGCAAAAAAAUUAAUGCGUAAAGAUAUCAUACAUAAUAUUAAUGUGCAAUUAAUUUCCUCCCUAAUAUCACAUAUACGCAUUUAUUGCAAUUAAUAUUGUAUAUUUAUUAAUGUGUAUAUAUAAGAAGUGUUCGGCAAGGAAAAAAAUGUGGCUUCUCUGGUUCGACCGGAUCCAAGAUUUUGGACUCCUCGAUUGAAAAGAAAGAAAGGUUUUACACUCUUCCGCGGCUCGCAAGCACCUGCUCGGCAUCCACUCGCCGGCCGGCCGCCGCCGUAUUUUCUUGGUCGGGCCGGCGCGGUGUCGUGCCGCGCCGUGCUGCCUCCCCAGGAUCGCACCGCCGGCCGUGACAGGAGAAAGCAACCGAAAACCAACAAGAGCGGGGGACAGGAAGAUAUCGGAGGCAGCUGCCCCAACCCUAGGCUCUCACAGUAAAAGUGUACCAAAUGGACCAUGGGAGUUCCCCAACGAAGAUAUGUAAGUCUGUUGUGGAUGAAGAUAUCAUCAGCAAUCUACCCGAAGCUCUCAGAGACAAAAUCCUUUGUUGUCUGCCAAUAAAAGAAGCUGUUGGAACAUGCCUCUUGUCAAGGACUUGGAGGUACACAUGGGCUUCAAUGACCGAACUGAUGUUCAGGACAGCUGAUUUCGCUUCAGGAAAUGAUAGUGCAGACGAUGACCGCAGAUUUCUUAAGUUCACUGAUAUGUUUCUCUUCCUCCACAACGGCCCAAUUCUGAAGUUUUGCCUGAAUACCGUAGCGAAUGAAAUGGUAUCCACUGGAGGACACCUUUACCGUUGGAUGCUUAUGCUGUCAAGAAAUAAGAUUAAGGAGAUUCAACUUCAGACAAGUAUACGUGACAGUUACAAGGUCCCGUCUAGUUUUUUCUCCUGCGAUGAACUAGAAUAUGUGUAUCUGCGAGCUUGUGUUUUCACUAGUUUACAUUUGCCACCUCCAUCUAAAGGCUUCAAACAAUUGCAUACUCUUCGUCUAGAAUAUGUUACCGUGGAAGGAAACAGUUUAGGGGAUUUAGUAGCGAGUUGCCCGAAUUUGGAGAAACUUAAUAUUCGUGGAUUGUGCAGCCAAUCCAAUAUAAAUAUUCGUUCAACAAAGCUCAAGGUGCUAAAAAUUGAAGGCUGGUUUACACACCUCAAUCUGCAUGCUCCUUAUCUUACUUCCGUAUGGAUCAGACUGGAACUGAGUUCUGACACAGAUGGUGCUUCGACAACCAGAUGCAACUUCAAUCUUUCUCCAUUUAUUGCUUCUCUUUCAGAUGUUGAGACUAUUAGGUUUCAUGGACACAUCCUUGAGUGCGUAGAACGUGAAUUUCUGAUUCUCAAGCAGCCAAAAUUAUUCAACCGGCUGACAGAGAUAAGCCUGGAGAUCAAUCUCGGUGAUCUCAAGGAAGCAAAUUUUGCCUUGUACUUAUUUCAGCAUGCCCCCAACCUGCGAUUUUUCAAACUAAAGCUCAUUUCCAGGAAUUCCAUGGUACCAAGAGUGCAUUUCUGGGAAUCAAUAGACCGUGAUGUCUGUCUCUUCCAGAACGUUGAAGUAGUUGGUUUGUUCGACUUCACUGGCUCCUUUGCGGAGUUUGGCUUCUUGAAACUUUUACUUGAAGAUGCACCAGUGUUAAGAAAAGUGGGAAUAAUCGACAAGGGAUUGGACAGAACUGUCCUAAAAAAUCUCCUGAAGCUGAGAAGAGCAUCAAAGGAUGCAGAAAUAUUGAUUCUUGAGGCUUGUUUCCCCCACUAGAAAAAGGAUCAAGUCCAACCUCUGAGGGAACAAGUCAAGACCAUUGGAAGGAACGGUAUGAAGCUUGUGUUGGGAACCUCUAACGACUCUACUGCUCUCGUUUGGUGCGAUCUUGCAAGACACAAGCUCUGAAGUUAGGCUAUACAGGCAUGAGUUAUCCCCAUAGUUUGUUGUUGAAGUUACCCCGUGUUCCUGUGGAAAAACAGUGUUGCCUCAAGAGUUGCUUACCUGUUGUGUCAAAGUUCAGAAAGAAAAUGUUUGUCAGCUUAACUUGUGCUAUGCAGCUUAUUUCCAAAUUUGAAUGCUGGGUACUCUCAGUGUAUUCCUAUGGGUCACUUAGGUCCUCUGUUAUGUCUCUUGCCUGGUAAAGUUGGUAUGAUAAACUUCACUGGUUGCCACCCCCA